CGAGGCGGCGGCCGGGGGUCGCGGGCCGCGCCGCGCCGGGCCGGGGGCGGAGGAGGAGGAGGCGGCGGCGGCGGAGGCCUGGCGGCCGGGCAGGGGCGCCAUGGCGGCGGCCGAGACGAAGAUCAUUUACCACCUGGACGAGCAGGAGACGCCGUACCUGGUGAAGCUGCCGAUCCCGGCCGAGCGCGUCACCCUCGGCGACUUCAAGGGCCUCCUCAACCGCCCCAACUACAAGUUCUACUUCAAGUCCAUGGACGACGACUUCGGGGUGGUGAAAGAAGAGAUCUCAGAUGACAAUGCCAAGCUUCCCUGCUUCAACGGCCGGGUGGUGUCGUGGCUGGUGUCUGCAGAGGGUUCCCAUUCAGAUGCUGGCUCAGUCUGUGCCGAUAACCAAACAGAGCUGCCGCCCUCCAUGGAGCGCACAGGAGGAAUUGGAGACUCCAGGCCCCCCUCUUUCCACCCUAACACUGGGGGUAGUCGGGAAAACUUGGACAAUGAGACAGAGACAGACUCGGUGGUGUCGUCGCAAAGGGAACGACCUCGUCGGAAAGAUGGGCCUGAGCAUGCACCCAGGGUGAAUGGUACAGUGAAGGGAGAGCGGCGCCGAGACCUGGGUGGGUACGAGAGCUCCUCCACGCUUAUGAGCAGUGAGCUGGAGACCACCAGCUUCUUCGAUUCAGAUGAAGAUGACUCCACCAGCAGGUUUAGCAGUUCAACAGAGCAAAGCAGUGCUUCCCGUCUAAUGAGGAGGCACAAGCGACGCCGGCGGAAACAGAAGGCUCCACGCAUUGAGCGGUCAUCGUCCUUCAGCAGCAUCACAGACUCCACCAUGUCCCUGAACAUCAUCACAGUCACGCUGAACAUGGAGAAAUACAACUUCCUGGGUAUUUCUAUUGUGGGACAGAGCAAUGAGCGUGGGGAUGGAGGCAUUUACAUUGGCUCUAUCAUGAAGGGCGGCGCUGUGGCAGCUGAUGGCAGGAUUGAGCCAGGAGACAUGCUCUUGCAGGUAAAUGACAUCAACUUUGAGAACAUGAGCAAUGAUGAUGCUGUGCGGGUGCUGAGGGAGAUUGUGCACAAGCCGGGGCCCAUCACCCUGACGGUGGCCAAGUGCUGGGACCCCAGCCCCCGGGGCUGCUUCUCGUUACCCAGGAUUGCUCCCCAGCGGAUCUGGGCUGGGCCAGACUCUCCAUGCUCCGAUCCGGGUGAGCCCAUCCGGCCCAUCGACCCGGCAGCCUGGGUGUCUCACACGGCAGCGAUGACUGGCACCUACCCAGCGUACGGUAUGAGUCCAUCCAUGAGCACAAUCACUUCCACCAGCUCCUCCAUCACCAGCUCCAUCCCAGAGACCGAACGCCUCGAUGACUUUCACCUGUCCAUCCACAGCGACAUGGCCACCAUUGUCAAAGCCAUGGCCUCACCAGAGUCAGGCCUGGAGGUGCGUGACCGCAUGUGGCUGAAGAUCACCAUCCCCAAUGCCUUCAUUGGUUCGGAUGUGGUGGAUUGGCUCUAUCACCAUGUGGAGGGUUUUACAGACCGUCGUGAAUCCCGCAAAUAUGCUAGCAAUCUGCUGAAGGCUGGCUACAUCCGACAUACCGUGAACAAGAUUACCUUCUCGGAGCAGUGCUAUUACAUCUUCGGGGACCUCUGUGGAAACAUGGCUAAUCUUUCUCUUCACGAUCACGAUGGCUCCAGUGGUGCCUCCGACCAGGACACUUUGGCUCCACUCCCCCACCCAGGAGCUGCACCCUGGCCUAUGGCUUUCCCGUAUCAGUAUCCACCGCCUCAUCCAUACAACCCCCACCCCGGCUUCCCUGACCCAGGCUACAGCUAUGGAGGGGGCAGUGCAGGCAGCCAGCACAGUGAAGGGAGCCGGAGCAGCGGUUCCAAUCGCAGCGGCAGCGAGAGGAGGAAGGAGAGAGAGAAGACCGGGGAGUCCAAGUCAGGCGGCAGCGGGAGUGAGUCGGAUCACACCACAAGGAGCAGCAUGCGGCGUGAGCGCGCGGCCAGCGAGCGCUCGGUGCCGGCCAGCCAGCACAGCCAGCGUAGCCAGCACUCUCUGGCUCACAGCAUCCGCAGCCACCACAGCCAGCAGUCGUAUGGGCCACCCGGCCUCCCCCCUCUCUUCAGCCCCCCCAUGUUGCUGAUGCCUCCACCGCCUUCAGCCAUGGGGCCCCCUGGGGCACCGCCGGGCCGUGACCUGGCCUCUGUGCCCCCCGAACUGACAGCCAGUAGACAGUCCUUCCGAAUGGCCAUGGGCAACCCCAGUGAGUUCUUUGUGGAUGUAAUGUGAAGCGCCCGUCCCCUGUCUGUCUGCUGCCCCUCCUUCCCCUCCAUCCCCGUCGUUUGUCUCCUAGGACCAGCCCUGGCUUCACCCCUUGUUUUUUGGGUUUUGUUUUUUUGGUGGUUUUUUUUUUUUUUGGUCUUGAUAACGAAAAGAAAAAAGGGAAAAAAAAAAUAAUAAAUGGAACUAAACCUUGAUUCUAAUCCCUCCUCGAGCGGGGUGGACGGGCCUGGCAGGCCUCCUGAGUGCUGCCAGCCCAUCCCGCCACCAGACUUGUGUAUUGCCGAUGGUAAUUCCCUCCUGCCGUCCUCUCUAACCCCAUUAAUCCGCACCCGUCCCAGCGCCCUGUGCUGCUUGCCCGUGUGUCGCUGCUGCCUCGGUCCUUCCACCCUAAACAUCUCUUCUUUCUUUUCACCCUUUUGUGUUUCUUCUGUCAAGCAGCAAAGAAUUACGGGGUGUUUGACUUUCUCUGAGCCUGCCGCCUGUGGGGGGGAGAGCUGGAGCGUGGCGUGGCCCGACAGGAGGACACGGAGCUCCAAGGGCGCUGGGCACGCGUGGCGCUGAAGAUGGCUUCUUUCCUCCCCCUUGCGGAAGACACCCUGCCCUUCCCGCAGCCCUGAAGGGGAGCAGGGACCAGCCUUAUAUAUGCGUUUUAGAUCCCGUUGUAGUUGCCUUUUGGCUAAUGCAUGAAUGUUCCAGGGCUUCAGUGCCUCCAGGGAGUGGAGAGAUGCUGCCACUUCCCUCUUGCCUCCCUCCUCUUGCCCACACAUUGGGCCAGGUCUGAGCCUGGCACUGCCGCAUGGCAGGACUCUCCUUCACCUUGCUUGGGCUGCGAGUCUCACGGCUGGGGCUGUACCUCUCCAUUCAGCCUGGAGUGGUGGUGGGUGCCUGCACGCAGCCUUGCAUGACUCAGGGCCCUGCACCUGCCCUUGGGUCCUCAGGGGGGAUUUAAGGGCAGAGUUCUGCUCCCUCUGUCCUGCGCUUUGCCCUCCUGCCUGCAACACACUGCUGCCUGUCCUGUUUGUAGGGGCUGUCCCAUGCCUGGGGCUGGCAGUGGCAGCUGCAGCCUUCUCGCUCCUGCUGUUAUGCUGCUGCUCAGCAAGGUGACAUCUUCAGGGGCCUGGACAGAGUUAGAAGGCGAGGGAGGGGCACAACUGGUUCGCUUGCACGCUUUGGGGAAGUAUGGCGGUCCCCUGUAUUUGCCCUAUGAAGGGCUGGAGUCUACCUCCCCCUUGGCCCAGUGCCUCAAGUGCUGCUGGCCUGGCUGUCAGGAGGGAUGAGGCUCUGGGAUGGAGCUGGGACAGCCCCGCUCCCUCCAGGCUGUGAACAGCGCCUGGCAGCAACACAAGCUCUCCGGGGAGGGAGGCUGCAGCCUGAACCAUGGCCUCUGGGCUCAGUGCCCGCAGAUGCGUCAGGACAGUUGAGUCCGUUUGCUCCCGUGCUCCCUGCCCUUUUUCCUUGCUCUUCUGGGUACUCAGAGAUGUGCCUCGGGCUGGGGCCAGCCCCCUUCCCCAUGCCCAGGGCCACGCAUGGUACAGUACAGACAGGCUCGACCCUGCUCCCGUUGGUGCUGGCACCCCAGUGCCCUCUCCUGCCGCGCCGUGGCUUUCUCUGCAAGCGUUGCCUCCUUUUGUCUUUCUUGUGUUUGCGGUUUUUAUAUGCUGGAGAUGAAAUGUAUCUUGUCCUCUGGGGUCUGUGUUGCCCCUGCAACCCCUCUACUAGCUCUCGUGUGCCAUCAGUUCAUCUCCCCGUGACUCCCUAAAGCCUCUCCUUCCCCUCUGCCCGCCGGGGUCAGCCUGCCCAGUGCCCGCUCUCUGCCAUCCUGUCCCCCAAUCUCGGCACCAGCAAGCUGCUGCUUGUCCCCCCCCCCCCUCCCCUGAUGCCACCCAGCAGCCUCCCCGGCCACUGCUCAUGCCCUUGCCCUACCCUGCCCUGCCUGCUGGGUUUUAUAAAAACAAAACCAAUCUCCUUGUUUUUAUUUAUAAACAUAGUUUUAUUGGA